CCAUCCCCCUCCUCAACCAAAUCUUUUUCUGAAUCCAAGAGAGAAGCGAGCCUACGAUUUGCAGACGCAAAAAACUGGCGGUUUCCAUCCGCGCAAAUUCCCUUUGUUUGAUGGCGAAAUCGCUUCCGUCGGCAUCUCACCUUCAGCAAUUCGCCAAGAUCGCUGUCUUCUCGAAGAAGCCUCAAUCAGCCGCGCCCAAGCCCAAGUCUAGGAUCCGAGUUUCGCCGUCCGAAACUCCGAUUCCCGAUACCGUCCGAGUCAUCUCGGAGCCAAAGAAGAAGAAUAUGGAGGAGCAGAAUCGGGUUCCGUUGGCUGAUGUGGUGUCGGACUGCGUCAAGCGGUGGUUUCAGGACACGCUCAAGGAGGCCAGCGCUGGCGACCCGGCGAUGCAGGUCUUGGUAGGGCAGAUGUUUUGCUCCGGCUAUGGAGUUCCUAAGGACACUAAGAAGGGGCUCGCUUGGAUCAAUCGGGCCUCGAAAGGUCAGGCACCAGUUGGUGAAGUAAGCGACAGACAUCCAGGUUACCUUGCAACUGAUUCAGAACCAAGCAAUAGGAGAGUGAAACAAGAUGACAUCAGAUGAUCCUUUCAGUAAUCUGAUUACAAAUUUACAAGCAAUGUUGAAGAUGAUGAUAAAUACGAAAGACAGAGGAAACCUUGUUUGGGUUGGUUUUGGGUCCUUUUCUGCUUUUCCUUGGUAGGCUAACUUCAUCUCUAAGUUAAUACUUGCUGUACCUUUCUCCAUUCCCAUGGCUGCUCUGGGUUUGAAGAAGCCCACAACCCCAGCCCUUUUAGCUCACUGUUAUGAACAAUAAAUUAUAGUCUUUCACACUGCAGAUGCAACAGAUCAUGCAUUUUGAGAAAAGAGUUUUGUGUCGAGUUUUCUGUGUGUUGUGGACAUAGGUGUGUUUCUCGCUA